AUGAUUCAAGAAUCAAUUGAUGAAGCUAUUGACAAAUCAAAUGAUGUGGCCAUUAAUUAUAAAAAUGAUUCUUUUGGUGCACCUCUCACUGUAGGAGGAAGUGGGACAGUUGAAUUUAGUGAUGCAAUGGCAAAAGUAAAAGCCAUAGCAGCCAAAUUGCUUGUUAAUGCUUCUGCUAGUACUGGAGAAAAUAAUAUAGUUCAAACACAUGACAACAACAUUGAUCUAACGUCAAAUACUAAAACUAUGAAUAUUCCAACAAACAAUAUGAAUAACGCAGACAAAAAUCUAAACACAUCUCAACAAGGACUUAAACGUUCACAUGAAGAUACUUACAGUUCUCACGAGCCUAGAAGUACUCAUGACGAUGAUUAUCGUGACGAUUAUCGAAGAGAUUCAUACAGAGGACGUGAAAGAAGAUACGAAGAUUAUGGAAGGGACUCUAAAAGAGCUGCUUAUGAUGGUGGAGUAUACCCCGAAUAUGAUAGUGGCAGUGGCGUUGGCGGCGGUGGUAGCAGACAUCGUUAUGGUUUAGGAAGUGAGGAACGAAGGUCGCUCCAUAAUCCUCAUUAUGGGCCUGGAAAUGACACACGUUCUAUGUCAGUUGAGGAAUUUAAAGUUCCUAAUGCAGUGGUGGGUUUAGUAAUUGGUCGUGGAGGAGAAAACUUGAAAAGAAUUGAAAAAACGACAGGUGCAAGGAUUCAAUUUUCUCAAGAUCAACCUCCUGAUGUGGUUGAAAGACAUGUCACUGUUACUGGAUUAGCUGAUGAUGUGAAAGUUGCUAGGGUAAUGAUUCAACAGCUAGUUGAUGAUGCUAGAAAUGGUACUUUGGUUAAUCGUCGUGAUUCUAACACUCCUUCAAAUGCUGCUGCUAAUGCUACUGCCGCACACGGACAAAAUCGGAAUACUGUAACCGUUCAAAUUCCAAGCAAUAAAGUUGGAGUUGUUAUUGGUCGUGGUGGUGAAACAAUACGCGAUUUACAAGACAGAAGUGGUGCACGUAUUAAUGUUACUCCAGACAGUGCAGCAAGUCCUCAAUCUAAUGAACGACCUGUAACUUUGAUUGGAGAUGAAGCGGCAAUUCAAAGGGCAAAGGCUCUUAUUGAUGAGAUUGUUACUAAUGGAGAUGGUGUGUUGAAGAAUAAUCAUCAUAAAGAUUACCGUUCCAACAACUACAAUAGUGGAACUAGCGCUUACAAUAAUGAAAAAAGUCACGGAGGAGGUAAGUCGAAUCAAGAAAGUAUCACCAUCCAAGUACCUAAUGAUUCGGUUGGAUUAAUUAUUGGAAAAGGAGGAGAAACUGUUAGAGCUCUUCAACAACAAUCAGGAGCAAAAAUUCAAAUUGAACCUGUUCACGGAGUUCCACCUUUGGAAAGAAAUGUACAAAUCAUAGGUUCUGCUGAAAAUAUUUCUGUCGCGAAAUCAUUGAUUCUUGAAAAAGCUGCAUCUGGAAAUGUACUGUCAUUUCGUGAACGGCCAUCUCGUAACAACAAUGAACAUGGAAAAAGCGGACACCAACAAAACAAUUAUCAAAAAAAUAAUAACUACCAACAACAGAGUAGUUAUCAACAAAAUGGCUAUCAACAAGGAAACUAUCAACAAAAUACAACAAGUACUAACACUGCUAGUAAUAAUAACAACAUGGGUAUUUAUCAGCAACAGACCUAUCCUACUGCCACAAAUGUUUAUCCUACUCAACCACAGCAAAAUACUACAUAUGUUCAAGGCAUUACAAGUGAUUAUACUCAAACACCUUCUACCACUUAUCCUGCUUCUACCACUGCGUAUGUUACACCCAGCGGUCAGCAGGCAACAAUGGCAUAUACUCAAUACGGGCAGUAUAAUCCUAAUCAAUCGACAACAACGACACCUUAUCAAUACCCCACCCAACCACAAUACGGAGGGUAUGGUCAAGCUAUACAAUACGCUCAGCCCACAGCUGUUCAAUCAACCAAUCAACCUACUACACAAAUUGCUAUGCAAGCUGUUAGUCAGCCUGCAACUCAACAACCUACAGGACAACCACAAGUCAAUUAUUAUCAAACUCAGAUAGCCCCUGUUGAUACUACAAAAGUUGCAACAACAGGAGCAGAUAAUAAAACAGACAAUGCAGUAGCCCCUGCAUCCAAUUACGGGUAUCAAACAUAUCCUUAUAAUUAUAAUGCUUCUUCAGCUACAGCAACUGCAAUUCAAUAUGCAACUGCCGCUGGACAAAAUCAAACUGUUUAUCCAAUAACUGCUUCGACUGUCGCACCUUAUGGCAGCACUACUGCUAACACUAAAGCUCCUACAACUAAUAGUGCAACCACGCCUGGGACCACUGAUCAAUCUACCCAACAAAAUGCCACGGCCACUUACACAGGAUAUUAUGCAGUAGAUCUAAGUUACCCUAAUAGUAUGCCACCACCACCAUCAGCUCCGAUAACUUCUUAUGCACAACAACAACAACAGUAUCCUCCACCACCACAACAAUAUCCACAAUCACCACAACAGUAUCCACAACCACCACCACAACAGUAUCCACAGCAACAUCCACAGCAUUAUCCACAGCAAAAACAAUCACAACCACAACAAUCGCCUCCUUUAAUGCCAAGUUUAACGAAUCAAUUUGGAAAUUUAAAUGUAACUGGUCAAACUCAGCAAUACAAUUUUAUGUCUGUAAAUUUGAUUAAUGCUCCUCCUAUUGUUAAAGAUUUGGAAGCACCACCACCACCAAUUAAUAUGCCCUCCAAUAGUUCUGUCACUCAAUCGGACAAAGCAAAUUGUGACCCGUCUUAUAAACGAUCUACUCUUAAUGCUGUUCCUGGUACAACUUCACUUCUCAACAAAUCUCGAUUACCAUUUGGUCUCAUUAUUACUCCUUAUAGAAGUUUGAAAGAGGGUGAAGAACCCGUUCCAGUUAUAACAGAUGCAGUUAUCGCCAGAUGUCGAAGAUGUCGAACAUAUAUAAAUCCUUUUGUUUCCUUUACGGAUGGUGGUCAAAAAUGGGGAUGUAACAUGUGUUAUUUAUUAAAUGAAGUGCCUCCACAAUUUGAUUGGGAUAUUCAAACAAAUCAACAGGCUGAUCGAUGGAAACGAGCAGAAUUAAAUCAUGCAGUUGUUGAAUUCGUUGCUCCAACAGAGUAUAUGGUUCGUCCUCCACAGCCACCAGUUUAUUUAUUUGUGAUUGAUGUAUCAUUUCCUGCAAUCCAGUCAGGUGCUGUUGCAACUGCGGCAAGAACAAUACUAGAAUCUCUUGAUCGAAUACCAAAUGAAGAAAAUCGCACAAAGAUUGGAUUUAUCACUGUUGAUACUUCAUUACACUUUUAUAGUCUUAAUAGCAACGCAUCUGAACCACAGAUGCUUGUUGUUUCUGAUCUCGAAGAUAUUUUUCUUCCUCGACCUGAUGACUUGUUAGUAAAUUUGAAAGAGUCACGAACAGUUGUUGAAGCUCUUCUUAGUAGACUUGGUGAUACGUUCAAAGAUACUCAAAUAGUUAAUAAUGCUUUAGGAUCAGCUUUGUUAGCUGCUUACAAGUUAAUUUCACCAAUUGGAGGAAAAAUUGUAGUGUUGCAAUCAAGUUUACCAAAUAUUAAUCCGGGAGCAUUAAAAUCUCGUGAAGAUCCAAAAUCAUUGGGUACACCAAAGGAGUCAGCAUUACUACAACCUGCUGAUAAUUUUUAUAAAAAAUUUGCAGUAGAUUGUUCAAGGUCUCAAAUUUGCGUUGAGAUGUUUUUACUUGGUUCACAAUAUGCAGAUGUUGCUACAUUAGGAUGUUGUCCGAGAUUCACUGGAGGUCAAACAUUUUUUUACCCGUCAUUCAAUGCAGGUAGAACCGAAGAUGCACUUAAAUUUGCACAUGAAUUUGCAGAAUUUUUGGCUAGCCCGAUUGCUCUUGAGGCUGUUAUGCGCGUCCGAGCAUCUAAAGGCAUUCAUAUGACAGCUUUUCAUGGUAAUUUCUUCGUUCGCCAAACCGAUUUACUAUCUUUACCGAAUGUACCAAGGGAUUGUUCUUAUGCAAUUGAACUUGGCAUUGAAGAAAAUAUAAGUUCUACAACAGUUUGUUUCCAGACUGCAUUAUUACAUACAACUUGUUUUGGUGAAAGAAGAAUUCGUGUUCUCACACUAGCAUUACCUGUGACAAAUAACGUAGGCGAACUUUUUUCUUCUGCUGAUCAAGUUGCCAUAGCAACACUAUUAGCAAAUAAGGCUGUUGAUCGUUCAUUAACAUCAAAAUUGGAAGAUGCCAGAGAUGCAUUAACAAACAAAAUAAUUGAUAUCCUUGGUGUAUAUAAAUCAUCUGUAACUGGAUCCCAAUUUGGAGCAUCUCCACAAUUACAAAUUAGCCCUAAUUUAAAACUAUUACCAUUAUUAGCACUUGGAUUACUUAAACAUGUUGGAACGUAUGGGCCUGAUGGAACUAUUAUUAUGCCUGAGCCAUUAAAUUUGAGCAGUGAGAAAAUAGAGCGUCAUGGUGCAUAUUUAUUAGAAGACGGCCAAAAUAUUUUUAUUUGGCUAGGUAGACAAGUGGUACCUCAAUUAUGUGUGGAUUUAUUGAGUGUUAAUUCAUAUGAAGAAGUUCGCACUGGAAAAGCCACUUUACCAUUAAUUGAUAAUCCAUUUUCACAAAGAGUAAACGCAAUAAUUGGUAAAACUCGAGAGUCACGCCGUGGAGUAUAUUACCCGCAUCUUUAUAUAGUAAAGGAAGACGGAGAACCAUCAUUGAGGUUAUGGUUUUUAUCACAUAUUAUAGAAGAUCGUACAGAUACAGUGAUGAGUUAUCCACAAUGGUUGGCACAUUUGAAGGAUAAG